GUGUUUUUUAAAUGGGUCCUUGGGAAGCCUAUGUUUAAAAAAAAACUGCGUCAAAUCUUUAUUGAUAGAUAAACACUCAACGAAUCUUUCUGAUUUCACUAAAGUAACAGACAGAGAACACAGUCGUGCUGCUUCCAUCUUUCUCUUAUUAGAAGUCACUUGGGAGAAAUGGAGGACCUGACCCCUGGUUGAAUGCUCGCGGGCGCGCGCGCCCCCCCCAGCCCUUUGAAGUAGGCUGGCUGAUCAGAGAUCAGAUGCACGCGCUGGGAUCCUCGGAGCCCCGCCUUCUCUCCGCCUUUGAUCUCGGCACUGAGGGCUCGAGCCGGGGCGCUGACAGAGUGAGCGGGCGGGCGCGCGGAACGGACUGAGCUCGUGCUCUCACCUGGUCGCCGCUGACUGCUGCGGAGCUCCGCUGUGGUUCCUGGUGCUCAGGUGAAAAGUUCGCAUGGAAACGAUGUGGAAACUUCAGUCUGCAGUCUCACUCCUUCUCCUUGGUCAUUUCAUCUCCUCAGAUGAGAUGUUGGUGGGAGCCAUCGAGGAGGCCAGAGAGUGCAGAGAGCAGGAGUACAAAGAUCGCUUCGGCGUCUGCAAACCCUGCAGGCAGUGCGACGCCGGACAGGAGCUCUCUAAGGAAUGCGGCUUCGGCUAUGGAGAAGAUGCCCGGUGCGUGCCCUGCCGGAGCAGUCGCUUCAAAGAGGACCGGAGUCUCCAGAAGUGCAAGCCCUGUCUGGACUGCGCGCUCAUCAACCGCUUCCAGAAGGGCAACUGCUCCACCACCAGCAAUGCCGUGUGCGGGGACUGCCUGCCGGGAUACUACAGGAAGACUAAAUUAAGUGGAUUCCAGGACAUGGAGUGCAUACCCUGUGGGGACCCUCCACCUCCUUAUGAGCCCAACUGCAGUGGGCGUGUGAACCUGGUGCCGCUGCCCCCGGUGGUGACCAGCCCGCGGGACAUGGCCUUGGCUGCAGUGAUUUGCGUCGCCCUCGCCACUGUGCUGCUGGCUCUGCUCGUCCUCUGCGUCAUCUACUGCAAAAGGCAGCUGCUGGAAAAGAAGCCCAGUGCGGUCUCUCUGAGGUCUCAGGAUUGUCCGUACAGCGGCGCUGAGCUGUCCUGCCUGGAUGCCCGCUGGCUCCACGACUUUCCCCAGAGGCCCUGCUGCCAGUGCCACCUGGGUCCGGGACACAGCUGUGGCCCGGUCCAUCUGAUUCCAUCUCUGUGCUGUGAUGAGAGCUGCAGUCUGGACCACAACCAGGACAUCAGUCCCUUCCAGUCCCAGAUGAGCCUCAAUGACGGAAAUCCACACCUGAACGAGGAAGGUGCUCUCCUGCAGCUGCAGGGGCACUCUGAGCACGCCUGCUGGGAAGCUGCUGGGAUGAGGAAAAGCUUGGACUCUCUGGAAUAUUCUGGGCUUUCCCGGAACGAUCCCGAGCGUGUUGAUGGAGCUGAAGAAGAGGAGGAGGAGGAAGGAAGAGCAGGGGGAAGUCCUUGUUCAGAGGAAUGCAGCAACAGGGAUGCACUUCUGCCCCAACAGCUGAUACUAAGUCAAGAAGGAUGAACUGGAUUUCCCCUCCAUGAACCUACUGGACUCGACCACAGCCUCUGGAUUAACCCCUGGCCCUCCUCGCCAACACACAGCAGCCUCUCAAAAACCGACCUCAGAAACGCUCCCGACAGAACACGCACGCCGACCGGCGGCAGAGGGCACGAGCUCCACUCGGAGGAUGUGAACCCCAGAGGGUGGAAUCAAAUGAAGUUGAAGCGUGGAGGCGGAGCUGCUGCUGUGGAAGUGAAGCUCUGCUUCCAGAAUGUAGGACCCACACUGCUCCUCCAGCAGCUGGUGAUUAUGAAGCUUUUGUGUAGAAGUGACGCCUGCUGCUUUUGAAGUGUGAAGAACAAAAACGAAAAAGUCACUAAGUUGCACAUUAAAGACAAUCUGGAUACACAGAACAAGUAAAGAUGAGGAACGUCUGAAGUGAAAAGUGUGCUGUAGAUAAUGUACAUUAGUAAAUAGGUCAAUAUUUUUGUUACGGACUGUAGAGACUUCAUGUUUGUUGGAUGUGAGUUUCUGCUGUAAAUAAACUAUGAUUUAUUUGAU